AGACUAGAAGAUAUAUAUAUGGCUGGUGGUAUCGGAAAAUGGCAGGAUUUUUCUCGCUAGGACAAGGCGGCGGAGGAAACAGCCAAGACGAGCACAACCACCACAGAACCAACACUACUAAUCCUUCUUCCUCGGGAACAGAAUCUUGGCUUUGGUGCAGAAACCCUAACUCUAACGCUGACGGUGGAGAAGUUGCUCCUUCUUACAAAGGAACCCUUGAGCUAUGGCAACACCCAAACAAUCAAGAACUCAUUUUCCAGCAGCAGCAACAACAAAGGCUGGAUCUUUACACUUCCGCUGCGGGUUUAGGUGUUGGACCGAGCAACCGGAGCUUAAUUGAAACUUCCGGCGGUUCGUUGAUGAUGAUGAGGAGCAGUAGUGGCGGCGGCGGACCAAGCUGCCAGGAUUGUGGGAAUCAAUCUAAGAAAGACUGCGCUCACAUGAGAUGCAGGACUUGCUGCAAGAGCCGAGGCCUUGAGUGUCCCACUCACGUGAAGAGCACGUGGGUUCCUGCCGCUAAACGCCGAGAACGCCAGCAGCAGCUUGCUUCCGGUCAACAACCGCAGUCGCAGCCGCAGGGUGAGAGCGUCCCUAAACGGCAGAGAGAGCAUAUCCAGGCGAGAUCGACUUCCCUGGUCUGCACUCGUAUACCUACUAACAACACUUCAGGGUUAGAGGUUGGGAACUAUCCGCCGGAAGUUCGGUCGCCGGCGGUUUUCCGGUGCGUGCGUGUGAGUUCCGUAGAUGAUGAAGAAGAAGAGUAUGCAUACAAAACAGCUGUGAGUAUAGGUGGUCACGUCUUCAAAGGUAUUCUCUACGAUCAAGGCCCGGCCGAGAGAAGCUCCUCAGGCGGUGGGUCUCAGCCGUUGAACCUCAUAACCGCAGGCCCGUCGGCCUCAUCAUCAAGCCCAAACGUGAGCUGCAACAAUGGAGUCGUUGGCUCCACUUCAGAUCAUUAUAUCGAUCCUGCCUCACUUAAUUAUCCUACUCCCAUCAACACUUUCAUGACUGGUACGCACUUCUUCUCCAACUCAAGAUCUUGAAUUCCACACUGAGAGUACAACAAUUCAUAACUUUUUUUAGAUUCUUACUGUAGAAUUAGGGUUUGAAAACAUCUUUUGGAGGAAGAGAUUAUAACGUACUAAUCUUUGUUGUCAAAAGUAAUUUAACUAGAGAUAAUGUUCUAUUAAAGUUCAAUUGUUACCUGAUCUUUAUUGUUAAGUUCAAGUUUUGUGGUUAUAAAUGUCAAUUAAUUUG